AUGGCGUUGGCCCACGGCGUCGUGACGGCAGAGCUCGAGCGGCCGUUGCUUGCGAACGAUCGGCAGGCCUCGAAUCCGCGGGAGGGUCUUACCUCCGCCCAAGCCGCUGCGCUUCUGCAGGAGUUUGGUCGAAAUGAGAUCGUCGAAGAGAAGGAGUCCAUGCUCUACAUGUUCACCAAGCA